CUUGCGUCAACACAUGGACGUUUUUUUUUUUCCGAAUGUAAAUUUUAGCCCAUAUUUUUUUUUAUAAAUAUAAGCUCCUGGCAGCAGAAUUAAGAAUAAUUCUGACUGAUUUCCAGAUUUAUAAAUGGGUUUAGUUAAUAGUAAUUAGGCACAAAACCGCUGCUGAAGUGAACCGGGAGCCAUGCUAACGACUGCUGGAGCUUGUGCACGUGCGGGUCAAGUCGACUAGCUAGUUCUCGCUAGCGUAAAUAAAUAAAUAUAUAAAUAUUGGGCGCGGUGACUAAAUUAUACUUUUGUAUAUGAGAGAACCCAGAGCUUUAACCAGAUUUCAGCAUGGACUCCCAUGGAAGUCAGUGCACCUGCAGCGCUCACCACUCGACCCCGAGCGUCCAUCAAACUCUAGAUGAGAUGGACUUCGAAAGAGGCAUAUGGUCAGCAGCAUUGGAUGGUAAUUUGGAACGGGUCAGGGCCUUUUUAAAAAAAGGAACCGAUCCAAACACGAAGGACCAGGCUGGAUACACCGCUUUGCACUACGCCAGUCGAGCAGCUCACCAGCAGGUGUGUGAGCUUCUUCUGGAUUAUGGUGCCUGUGCCAAUUCUCAGACACACGGUGGCGCCACCGCUCUCCACAGAGCCGCCUACUGUGGCCACAUCAGCAUCAUCAAACUGCUGCUGGAGCACAGAGCUGAUCCCCGAUUGACCGAUGACGAUGGCUCAACACCUCUGCAUAAGGCUGCUGAGCAAGGACAUCUGGAAACGUGUACAUUGCUAGUGAGCAGUUCUCCCAUCCUGAGAACCAUAAAGGACAAAAAAUCCCGCUUACCUCUAGAUCUCAGUCCAGACCACAAGACCUUCUUAGAGUUACUGAAUCCUCCUGAAUGAUCUUCAUCAAAGUUCCCCAAAGGAGUCAUGAAUCUCAGGACAUUUCAGAUUUCGUCAACCCUUAUUUAUUUUCAUUAACACCCCCAAACUCGUCUAUACCCUCAUUGCCAUUUAUUUUCUCAUCCCCCUCUUCAUCAUCCACACAGCCUCAUUCUCACCAACACCCUCAUCUUCGUCAUCCACACAUCCUCAUUCUUACCAAUAUCCUCGUCUUCAUCUUCAUCAUCCACACAGCCUAAUUCCCACCAACAUUUUCAUCUUCAUCAUCCACACAGCCUCAUUCCCACCAUCUUCAUCUUCAUCAUCCACACAGCCUCAUUCUCACCAACAUCUUCAUCUUCGCCAUCCACACAUCCUCAUUCUUACCAAUAUCCUCGUCUUCAUCUUCAUCAUCCACACAGCCUCAUUCCCACCAUCUUCAUCUUCAUCAGCCACACAGCCUCAUUCCCACCAUCUUCAUCUUCAUCAUCCACACAGCCUCAUUCUCACCAACACCCUCAUCUUCAUCAUCCACACAGCCCUAUUUUCACCAACAUCCUCGUCUUCAUCUUCGUCAUCCACACAUCCUCAUUCUUACCAAUAUCCUCGUCUUCAUCUUCAUCAUCCACACAGCCUCAUUCUCACCAACAUCUUCAUCUUCAUCACCCACACAACCUCAUUAUUACCAACAUUCUCAUCUUCAUCAUCCACACAGCCUCAUUCUCACCAACAUCCUCAUCUUCAUCUUCAUCAUCCACACAGCCUCAUUCUUACCAACAUCUUCAUCUUCAUCAUCCACACAGCCUUAUUCUCACCAACAUCCUCAUCUUCAUUUCCAAUUCAACACCAUGCUAAAUUUGUUCUCAUUGAAUCAUCUGCUUUUUCCUUCCCUUUCCACGUACUGACAGGAUCCUUACUCCAUCUUCACCCUCAUCAAUAGCCGCAUCCUAAACUGCAGUCACAUCCCCAUCCUCUAUUCUAUUCAUAAACAGGAAGAAGGUCUCAUGUGAAUUAUGUUUCACAGCAGCUGAAAUGUUCAUAUGAUUAUGAUGGGUGUUAAACCCAGACAGGAUGUGACUCGAUUACAAGUCAAUACAAUGUCACAAUGUUCGAGCUGCCAGCAGAUGGCAUCAGUGACCACACCGUGGCUUUUUUGUUCAGUUUUUCUGUUCUGCCUCAUGAAUCAUCUGAACCAUCACUGUGAUCAAGUGGAAAAGACUCACAAUGUUAAUAGAUCCAUCCAAAUAAAAAAGUAAAGCGCA